UAUUGUAAAAAGAUAUAUGAUAACUGGGAGAUACUGGCGUUUCCACCCGCGGGAAGAAUCCAACCAUCCCGAAAUCGGUCCAUUUUUAGCGCUGGCCGAAUAUUUAAUUGCAUCGCUGGCGCGGGGGAUUUCUUCACCUCGUGGUUUUGCCGGGAUUACUCUGCGAAAAUCGGAGGAAAUUGUGACCUAGGUACUUCAUACCCCAAGAAGCACCAUAAUGUCAGACCCCACACAGGAAGAUCUGUCUGGCAGUGAAGGAGAUCAAAUGGGUAGCUCACCCCCAAGUAAUGAUGGAGGUCUCAACAGGCUUGUUGGACAGCAGUCUGGUUACAUACAGAAUUUACCAAAGCCAGUGAAAAGAAGGAUAAAGGCAUUAAAAAAUAUACAGGUUGAAUGCUGUAAAGUGGAGGGCUUGUUCUAUGAGCGAGUACAUGCUCUUGAGUGUGAAUUUGCUGAAAAGUUCAAGCCAUUAUUUGAAAAGCGUCGAAACAUUAUAAAUGGACAAGUUGAACCUACUGACGAGGAAUGUCAGUGGCAAAGUGAUGAAGAAGAUGACAACAAUGAAGACAAAGAGGAAAAAGGAGAGGAGGACGUGACACAACUGUCUGAUGAAGUGAAAGAAAAAGCUACAAUAGAUGACGAAGAGAAGCUUGAAACAUCAGAACUCACAGAUGAUGCUAAAGGCAUUCCAGAGUUUUGGUUGACAGCUAUGAAGAAUGUUGACAUGUUAGCAGACAUGAUCCAGGAACACGAUGAACCAAUUUUAAAGCAUCUUCUUGAUAUCAGAGUAAUCUUCACUGGGCCGGACAGUAAUGUGGACACAACACAGUACCCUCAACCUACCCCAAUGGGUUUUGUGCUGGAAUUCCAUUUUUCACCAAAUCCCUACUUUACAAACAGUGUUUUGACCAAGAGUUAUAAAAUGAAAUGUGAACCAGAUGAAGAUGAUCCAUUUUCAUUUGAGGGGCCAGAGAUAAUCAGCACCUCAGGUUGUCAUAUUGAAUGGAAGAAAGGGAAAAAUGUUACACAGAAAGUUGUAAAGAAAAAACAGAAGAAAAAGGGCUCUGGAGGCAGAGGGCAGACAAGAUUUGUCAGCAAGACCAUAAAAAAUGAUUCCUUCUUUAAUUUCUUUGCCCCUCCUGAAGUUCCUGAGGAUGAAGCUGACAUGGAUGAAGAGACGGAGGCUCUAUUAUCAGCCGACUUUGAAAUUGGUCAUUUCUUUAGGGAAAGGGUUAUUCCAAAGGCUGUUCUGUACUUCACUGGGGAAGCUCUUGAAGAUGAGGUUAGACAUUCUUUGUUGAAUUUCUUUUGUCCAGUUUCAAUCUUGUAUAAACAUAAUGGCAACCUCCUUAUCUUCCAUGUUUUUACGCAUUUUUAUUUUAUUUUCUUCUUCUUUUUCUUGAGUGUGUUAUCAACCAGUAAGUCGUCAUUUUUUUCUUUUCAGGAUGCGGAGGGUGAUGAAGAAGAAGAUGAUGACCCAGAUUAUCAGCCACCCCCGGAUGGUGACAAACCUCAGGAAUGCCAACAAAGUUGAGGUUUUCUUUUGGAGGAAAAAUUCGGAUGAACCAAUAGCAGACGAGUCUGGUGUUUUGAUUGACGUGUCCUUCGUGACCUGGCCUGGGAAGGAUUGUUAUUUAUUUAGACACACUCCUUUGCAUUAAUUAGUUACCAUAGCAACAGAUAGUUGUGGUUCUCACUGAAGUCAUGUUUACAAGUGUGCGUAGUUCUUCGCCGCAUACUUGAGGCUUUUAAAAAUUUGGCUUGUACAAGUUAAUUCAGAGCAAAAAAAGUCACAUGUUUAUGUGUUGGCUAAUUACUGCUGGAUAGUAGGAACCUUGCACUUUCUCGUUGCAUGAGGCUUUCAGAAAUGAUUUGCGAAGUCGUUUACGAAUAAAAACUGUUAAUUGCGAGCAGUUGCCCCUGCCCAUUCCGCUCUCAACGUCGUCGAGGAUGAAGCGAAAGUUAUAGAGAAAAUGACCGCACGUAAAUCAGAUUUUUAUAUCUCGCGUGCUUUUCUUUUCUCACCAGACGAUAAAAAAAAAAAAA